CGUCCAAGCUGUCGUCGUGCACGCAGUCCCAGCAGGCUCGCCCACGCACGCACACACGGACAGACCCACGUCACAUCAUCACGUCUCAUCUUUUUUUUCAAACGCGAUGGCCUUCAAAGGCAGCAACGGCGUGGCCGUGGAGAGACGUGUCGACCUGGCGUCCCUCUUAUGCAUGAUCGGGCGACACGGCCCGGCCGUGGCUCUGGCCGUGUUCGCCGUGGUGUCCGUGCUGGCGGGCUUCGUCAUCUACCGAACCGUGAGGGGGAAGAGGAGGAGGAAGACCGACCGCGCUGAAGAAGAAAAGAACCCCCCGACGGAGAGCGACGAGUCUGUAACGCAGGCCGGACUGGAAGCAGAAAGAUCUGCUGCUUCAACAGAAGUUACAGAUGAAGACUCGCUAGAUGUGAAAAAAGAGCAUGAAGAGCUCACGGAAACUCACCCCGAAGUCCGACAACGUCGUGCUGUUGCUGCUGCUGCUGAGAGGGAAACUUGGCUCUGUUCGCCUCCUCAGAGUGACAUCCAAGCACCAGUCAACCACCAUGAUACUUCACCUCACACGCGCGGGGACUGUGUGCCGUCCUUUUCCAUGGAAGCAAAUGUGUACAGCACUGUGGCAGAAAUACAGGAGGGUGAUGCUGAUGUUCGUCACUUCGGUGCAACAGACGACGGCGUUAAGGAUGAAGAGGUUCCUAAAGAGCAAGUAUGGCAAGAAUGGGAUCUUACCACAGAUGAGGAUAUUGACAUGAAGAAAUCCACACAAGAGGGGGGAACUCGGCCUUCCAGCGACACAGCGUACAUUGAGCAAACCCUUCCCAUGGGGGAAUAUGCUGAUCAUGACAAACAAGACAAUGAAUCCACACUCAAGACCGAAAGAGUAGAGCUCAUCUUGGAAGAACAUGUCAUUCCAACACACAAGAGCCUAAAUCACGAUAUUGAGGAUGUAAAUCACCGCCAAGACAUCGCUCCAGGAGAGGGGAGAGCAAUCAAGGUCAUCCAGGCUGAAGAGGAGCAGAAAAUAGAUCGCUUGAACAACACACCUGUUAAUGCUGAUGCUCAGUCACAGCAGUUGGAGCAUAAGGAGGACCACAGCCUGACGUGCAACCAAGAGACGGUUGUUCUCCUUGGUAGAGCAGAUGCUGUGGAGAAUGGUCAGAUUGGUGCCAGUAGUGAAGACAAAGGCGGAUCAAGUCUCCAAACAAUGGUUGAUGAUCUUGUGUCACGGAUCACCUCUGAUGCAAUAACCCACAUGGACCAGUCAGCAAAUGAUCAACAAUCACAGAAAGUAGAAGUUCCAACUGUGGAUGAAGAUGGGGAACUUCCAGUGCCAUCGGAUCAAAGCCAAAACGUAACUGGAAUGAUUGGAAAUGGUACAACCACAGCGGAAGUUGAGGCACCGGUUGAUGAUAUGAGAAACACCCAUGUUCUGGUCAGUGAUCAAAGUGUAGAAGAGAUUGACAACAAUGCAACUAGUCCUGACACAACUGGGGAUACGGAUCCAUCCGUUCAGGAACCGAGGGUUGACUCUGCAGUUGAUACAGAUGCCAGAGACAAAACCUUCCACGAGGACAUUGUGUCUUCCUCUCAAGACCAACACAAUGGCCAAAAUUACGAUGAUUUUUCUUUCGUUGUCAUUGAUCCUGCUGCUCACAUGACCUUACCACUGUUUGAGCUGAGGGAUAACGACAUGUCAUGUGGUGUCGGUGAAGAGAGUGGAAUUUCUAGCAUGGCCGUCAGUCCUGAAAUGCUAGAUCCCGGGAAUAACUUGGAGCUGUCGGUGAUGGCUCAUGAGCCACAGGCUGAGCAGAAACCAGAACUUCCAACUUGCCUCUUUGCUGACGUUGCAACUCUGUCGGUUAUGGAAGAAGUUGCAUCAGGAAUGGGGUUUGAUCCUCAGCCAGAUCCACUGUCAGACCGUUUUAACCACGAGUCAUUAACAGCAAAUCAGGACCUGGUGAGCCAUGAAGUUGGCGACCAACAAGCGGAGAUGCCAAGUGAUGUUCGGAAAAAUCAUGUGGACAUGAAAGUUUCUGAAGGUGCAAGUGUUGGGGAGAAAAUGAAAUGCUCAGAAAAUAAAGACGAGGACUAUGCAAAGACUGAAAUAAGUAUCAUGGAGGCAACUAUGGACCAUAAUGAGUGGAUCACAGAUGGUAACCAACACCUUCCCUGGAUGAACAUCUCUCUGCAGUCUUUUAGCCAUUAUCCCACAACAACCCACCCGCUUCCCACUGAAGAAUGCAGCCACACAGAUCCAGAGCCCCCAUCUGUCUCUGAAGUCAAACAAAUAAAUGGACUCCAUGAAAACACGGGAAGUAAGAACGUCAGGGUGACCUUUCGGGUCCACUACCUCACCCAUUCACCCUUCCAGACGGUGGCUGUCACGGGGAGCCAGCAAGAGCUCGGAAACUGGAAGGGGUUCAUCCCUCUCGAGAGAGCCAAGGACGGACACUGGGUCGGCGUGGUGAGUCUUCCCGCCGAGAGCCACAUGCAGUGGAAGUUUGUGGUGGUGGACAAGGGGGCAGUGUGUCGCUGGGAAGAGUGCGGCAACCGACUCCUCGAUACAGGAUGCGAUGACGACCUGCUAGUGCACAAGUGGUGGGGUUUCCUGUGAGGGGAGGUGGUGGGGAGUGGGUCAUAAUGUUCAAUACUGGAUUGCAUUGCAAUAGUAAAGUAACGGGGGCUGUUUUCAACACAUUCAGUUUUUAUUGUGAGCUACUAGGAAAUGACAGUUGGGUACUUUGGGAAGCAGAGUAGGUUGAUACUCACACAAAUGUCAGACGGGUGUUUCAUCAGGCCAAUAUUUGGACCUCAGUAGGCUUUGAAUGCAUUCACACAUGCACAACAGAGUGUUUAGUAAAACUGCAUUAGAUGUCACUGACGUGGAUUUUCUCACCUUGACACCAGUUGGAUUGUUUUGACUUCACAUUUUGUAUUAUGUGUCAAACUAGCUAAUUGUAUCAUGCGCAUGCAGAAGGUUAUUUUAGAUCUUUCUGUAAAAAUCAUCACUCCGUGAUUACUUGCCCAUUUUUAUCAUUUAUUUCCUUGACAUUUCUAUAGGGUUCAGCCAAAACUUCCAUUUGAAACGGGCAAUAUCCCAUGAUUAUGCAAUUAACAGCUUUUUAAACUGAGUAAUUUGUGUAAAGACUGCAAUACUGUUUAUGCUGCUGCGAGAAUACAUGCACGUGGUUCACUUUUCUACAUCAGCAAUAAUUAAAGCAAUAACUACUGUGUAUCCAUAGCCAGAUAUUGUAAACUAUACUUGUGAUGCGUUUUGUUCUUCCCUCCUAGUGCAUGCCCCAGUCUCCCUUCAUCGCAGUAUAACAGUGCCUUUUAGAAGAAAACUGGAUAUGUUCCCCUAAAACUCACCCUUUUUUAAAUCCAUAACUGGAAUCUAUACUCCCAAUCAAAUGAUAUCUUAUUAUGCAAUCUCGUGGUGAUGUUAAUACUUGGAUGUAUUGUAAAGAACUUGUCUGUCAUAGAUGGAAACAUAUGAAUGCAUUUAUUAUUAAAGGCCAGUUAAUUAAAA